GUUUGUUAUACUCCUGAGAGAAAACUAUCUAUUUGACCAAGUUGGAACUAAGAUCGACUCGGGAGCUCAUCAGCUCGUCAGCUCAUCUAUUCUUUCACCAGUAUUCAACUUUGAAGAUCCUGGCUUUACAAACGGUUUAAGUUUUCAGCUUACGACCACGAUUAGCUUGCUUGCCUUCCCUUUCUCUGCACUCUUUCCAGGGAGCUGUGAUGAUGGUUGUCGACGAACUUGACCCCCCGCCAAAGUUUGAUACUUUGGCGUUGCUGUUCUCGCAUUAUACUGUCGUUACUGAACUUGCAAAGAUGAUUACUACCGGCGACUUGAUACAGCUAUCGCGCACAUCGAGUACCAUCCGCGAAACUCUGCUCCAGUCGCGGGCACACUGGGAACGUCUGGUUAGCCUAACGAGUCUGGAUUGUUCCGAGAGAGACCACAUAAAGGGCGAGAAAAUCAAGGGUUGCAGGAUCUGUUCUAUGCCUGUCUGCGAAACAUGCAUAGUCCGCGCCGACUUCUUUGGCCAGAACGGCACUUACUCCAACCGCAUUCGUACAUUCUGCGACACCUGUUGGUCUGCCACAGACUUCUCCGACACGGACCUGACCCCGCAAGAUCUCGUCAACUACGCCGCGCCAGUGCUGUGCGAGUGUGUUGCCAAGGACGGAUGGUUAUGCUCUUCCUGCCGAGCCAUCGAGCGCUCCGAGCUAGUCUACAACAAACGGGUAUGCGCCACCGACGGUUGCGAUAACCCGCAUAAUUCGUCCGAGAAGCAUCGUGUGUGCACGUGGUGUCAGCACCCGCUACCUGCCGCCUGGAGGCCAACGGGAGAGCCGAAUGUUCUGGGCAGACGUAUAUUUAACGAGGAUGGGACAGUUAGGGUAGAUUCUGCGGAUGAUAGCCUGGAAGAUGGUGGCUCCGCGUCUCCCAUGGAGGAUAGAGGGUUGAGGAGAGCGAAGAGUACGGAUAAGAUUGCUGGGUGGGAUCAAGAGGAUGAGGACUCGAAGGCUAGGUAUAAAGAGGCGUGGUUGAAGAAGGGAGCUAGGGAGCGGGAAAGGGAUAGGGAGCAUCAGAGUGAGAGUAGUGGUUCCAGUCAGCGGGAAGGAAGAAAGGCAUUUGUCAUCGCUAGUGAAGUUGGGGAUGAUGAUGGUGCUGGCCAAAAAGAAGAACAGGGAUCUUCAGAUGAUGAGCCUUCGGAGGGAAUGGGAAAUCCGCCGCCUUAUAGCGGGUCCUAGAGCUCGGGGGCUGUUUCCCGGAUCUGUAUCGUAGCUUGUCCGCUGAUAUCGGAAUGGCUAAUGGAUUUUGUUUUAGUGAAAAUUGGUUUGCGGGCGAUUUUUUUUUGAUCUUUGGUUCUAUGUGCAAUAUGGCUGGGAAAAUCUUCUGGGUGGUAUGCA